AUGGUUCAGACUGAGUGGAUUGUGGCGGACACAGCAUGUUCGGGUCACCUGCCUGCGGUGCGUGUUUGGGAGGUGUGUGAGUUUCGGCAGGUGGCAGAGCUGCAGGAACAUAAGUAUGGCGUAUCCUGUGUGGCCUUCUCUCACAGUAAAUACAUCGUUAGCGUGGGUUAGCACGACAUGAUGGUCCACGUCUGGGCAUGGAAGAAGAACACAAUAAUUGCUGCUAACAAGGUGUCCAGUAAGGUGACAGCAGUGUCCUUCUCUGAGGAUAGCUCCUACUUUGUGACGGCAGGGAACAGACACGUCAAGUUCUGGUACCUGGACCACUCCAAAUCUAUCAAGGCCAGUACACCUGUACCUCUGCUGGGGCGCUCUGGGCUCCUGGGGGAGCUGAGGAACAACUUUUUUUGUGAUGUGGCGUGUGGGCGGGGCUCUAAGGCCGAAAGCACCUUCUGUAUCACCUCCUCCGGCCUGCUCUGUGAGUUCAACCCCAAGAGGAUGCUGGACAAGUGGGUGGACUUACGGGUGACAAUGUCAAUCUCUACCAGUGUGGCCAGGUCUCUGUGUGUGUCAGAGGAGCUGAUCUUCUGUGGCUGUGCUAAUGGGAUGGUGCGAGCCUUCAGCCCUGCUGACCUGGGGUUCAUCUGUACCCUGCCAAGACCACACCACCUUGGCACUGACGUGUCCAGCAUCACACAGGCCAGCCACCUGUUCUCCAACAAGAUGUCCGCCUGUUACCCUGACUCUGUGGCGGUGACCUAUGACCCGGCCAGUCAUUGGUUGAGCUGUGUGUAUAACGACCACAGCCUGUAUGUGUGGGAUGUCAGGGACCUCCACAGGGUAGGCAAGGUGCAUUCUGCCCUCUACCACGCCGCCUGUGUCUGGGACCUACAGAUGGUCCCGGAGGUCCCAGAGUCUGGCCUGUCUUCUGGAGAGUUCCUCAGCUGUUCAGCAGACAACACUGUCAGACUGUGGAGUACAGAGAGGCAGGGACACACACAUACGCAGAAUGUUCUCAGUAAGGACUUGUUGAAGGUGAUCUAUAUGGAUGAAAACACCACCGCCCUGGUGGAAACAGAGGGAAGUGUGUCUGCUAGCACAGAGAAGACAGACGGACAGACAGCAGAGACCAGGACAGGCAUUAGGACCAUCUGUGUCAGCCCCGAUGGGAAACACCUGGCGUCUGGAGACCGCAACGGGAUGCUGAGGGUUCAUGACCUCAGCAGUAUGACAGAGAUUCAGAAGGUGGAGGCCCAUGACUCAGAGAUCCUGUGUCUGGAAUACUCUAAACCAGAGACGGGUCUGAAGCUGUUAGCCACCGCUAGCCGCGACCGUCUGAUCCACGUCCUGGAUGCUGAGAAAGACUACGGCCUGGUCCAGACCCUGGACGAACACUCUUCAUCCAUCACCGCUGUCCGAUUCGCUGCCAAUGACAACAAGGUGAGGAUGAUCAGCUGUGGAGCAGACAAGAGCAUCUACUUCCGUACGGCUCACAGGACAGACGGAGGUACAGAGUUCAGGCGCUCCCACCACGUGGUGAGGAAGACCACUCUGUACGACAUGGAUGUAGAGCCCAGCUGUAAGUACGCUGCUGUGGGCUGCCAGGACCGAUGCAUCAGGAUCUUCAACAUCAGCAAUGGGAAACAGAAGACAUUCUACAAGGGUUCACAGACUGAGGACGGCAGCCUGCUUAAGGUGCAGACUGAUCCGUCUGGUCAGUACGUUGCCACCAGCUGCUCCGAUAAGAACAUCAGCAUCUUUGACUUCCGCUCUGGAGUGUGUGUGGCUACCAUGUUUGGACACUCUGAGAUAGUGACUGGGAUAAAGUUCACCAACGACUGUAAACAUCUGAUCUCUGUGUCUGGGGACAGCUGUAUCUUCAUGUGGCGUCUGGCUCCAGAGCUGACCAUGAGUAUGAGAGAACGUCUUUCCCAACUCAGACGAACCCCCCUCACACCCCCCUGCAACACCUCCACACUCAGGUAAAGGAUUGGAUGGGUGUAAGCAGUAAGGUAACAGUUUCCACAAGAAACCAAGGAGU